UUGCUUGGUCAGUUCCUUGUAGUGGGUGCGUGCCACAGCUAUGGAACAAUACCACGAGUGACAGCGGCGGUUCCGAGCAUGACGCAGCUCAUUGGCUCAAGCGACGUGCCCCAGCCGGAUGAAACCGACGUGGGUAGCGGUCACUCUGGCUGCACGGUGUGCGGGUCUGCAGACAACGACAAGCAGUCAGCAGGUGCGGUCGGUGAGACCAACAGCGUGCCGCCCGAACGUCGCGUGGGGCCCAACGAAGCGGUCGCCGUCGCCAUGGGAACCGUCGCUGAUCGGUCGGACGACGACCAGCUCGGGCGAAGCGGCGAGGUGCCUCUGGCUACACCAGACACCGCUGGCGAAGGUUACAUCCACGAUGGCAUUCAAGGCUACGGAAGUGGUACGGAGCCACCGGGAGCCACCUUUUGUCCCAGUGACGCCGACUGCAGAACACACGAGCACGGUGGUGACAAGGCAGGUGCUGCUGCGUUACAUCACGCCGAUCAUGUCUCACAGCCUGUCCAAGCUGGCACGCGCUCUUCGUCCGACAAGUCUUUGCCAACUCAGCACUCGAACGAGUAUAAGAUUGACUCAGGUAUGACCGGCGCUCGCCGUGACGAUCCGCUUCUCAGGGACACGCGCAGUGAAUUGAUUCCCAGCAAAGGUACUCAAGCGUCAAACCGCAUUCACGUGCAUUCUUCAAGAGACAAAAACAGCGUGCUUGAGUUGCGAGACCUUUCGAUUUUGAGGAACAGAAGCAAUGCCCUCAGGAGCAGCGCCAGCGAGAGCAGGUGCGAGUGUCCUGCUCGGAAGAACUCAAGCUCGCCUAACUUACGGCUGAACCAGAGUUCUUUUCCCGCCUCGCACCAGUGUACGGAGACAGGAAGGCGACGACCGAAGCAAGUUCUGUCAGCGGAAGAAUGCCGUGUGUCCAGGGGAAUGCUCGAGAAAGACUCGACUGGCCGGAAGCGGAAGCUGUCUUCUCAGGCUAUCUCUUUGGACCUCAAGGAAGCGACAGUAGCUAGCCUAGCGCUCGAAACUCAUAACCGCGUUGCGAAAGACGUGGUUGUCUCAAAGCCAAAGCAUGUACUCUCCGUCAUACUAGACACGGAAGACACCAAGAAGGCAAGCACAUCAUUCGACGAUGCCGAUAAAAUUUGUGUCGCUGAGAUCCAAUUGGACAAAAGAUCACAUGCGAAAGAUGAAUGCGCUGCCGGUGUUUCUGUCGUAUCGGAAAGCAACACGUCUUUCGCGCCAUUGGCAGAAAGCAAUAUUAGAAGUGAGGCUAACGCAAACCACGACCCAGUUCACUUCGCGUUCCCUGAAAUGGAAGCUGACGUCGAUAUCGCGUGCGCUGCAAGAAUUGAUGAAUCCGUUACAGAGCGCACCUCGAGCGCCAAUAGCAUCCCGAGCACAGAGCAGGACAGCGGAGUCACUGCGCAGUUCUCAACAUCGCUAGAACAGAGCGAGAGCCUGCCGCUGGAACUCGACGCUGAAAGCCGAAGCGCUUCUACGCAACCCGAAAAUACAGUCAACCACCAAUUGCGCGACGAAGCAGCCAACGACUGCCUCGCUGCUAGAUCAAGCGACAGCGCUCAGCUAUCGCCGAAGCCCGAGCUCUCUUUCCUCUUGUCCGACGUACUCUCCGGCUCGACGGCUAAUACAAACGUGUCGUGGAGCGCUCUCGACGUUCUAUUCCGUGACAGCCCGGCAAUAAGCUUGUGGGCGGGCCCGCCGACAGCUGCCAACGACGCUGCGAUUGUGGCUGCAGCCGAGGAACGAGCAGCGAGAGGUGUCAGCGUCCCCGACAGGCCGACGUCGCCAGAGACAGACGACGCCCGGACUCCAAGUCCAUUCGGCCGCGCGAAGAGAACGGUCAGCUGCCCGCUGUCGUUUGACGCCGAGUCCGUCUGCUACGAGACGGGUGAUCAGGAGGCGUUCACACCUCGCCAGAGCAACUCCAACUGCUGGUGCUGUGACAAGGGCGAAGGCGGUUUAGGACACAAACAGUCGUCAGCUCACAUGCCCGUCGAGGAGUACCUCAGGCUUAAGGAGCGGCUUGACCAGCGUCCUCACACGCCGGCUCUCUGGGAGGACUCCAAGAGCACCCGAAGCGAUCUCGAGCGAGACAUGGACAUGGCUACGCUGAACUGCUCUGUCGCCGGCUUCGAACAGUACAGCCGCGUCGAGCUGUUUAGUCACGCGAACCUUAUUCCUGCGCAGUCGCGAGCCGUCGACUCGCUCGAACAAUGGCUGAACGAGGGGGUCGCAGAAGGCUACGAAAAGUACACCGACGAGCGAUACGGCACUUUGCAGACUUUGUCGCUCGUGCCAAACGAAAACAGACAUUGCGAUGCCGUAUCUAUCGAUAGCGAUCGUAGCCAGAUUGCCAUAGACGAUGCAAGGAGUAGGAAGCCGAGAACAGGGGCAGCCAUUCAAGAAGAAAUUAAUAACCUCAAUCAAGAAGUUGUAAACACUGGUGACACGACUCCAGAAUUGAUUUCAACUUUAGCGGAUUGUGGAGAACCGGAAGCUCUGAAUAUCUCCAAAAAGAUCCCUAGUCUUCAGGAAACAGAAAAGAGAAUAUGCGAGCCGAAAGGAACUGAAUCCAUGGCUGACGGUCCAGCGACAGCUACGACUGCUGUUAACGAAGAUUUGACUCUACUUCCCAGUGUUCACCCAGCAGAAGUGCUAGCGGUCAGCUACGUGAACACUAGUUACAGCGGCAUACGGCUCGCUGAGGCCCUCAACGAGUACGCGACAGGUUUGAGCCUGAAGGACGUGGUGUUCAUACCUUGUAGACCAACUCGUACAGGCGUGACGCCGAUGCCACGUCUUGAUGACGUAGAUUUCUCGAAGUUUGUCCCCGACGACGCUUUCUCCGUACACGAGUCACUAGCCAGGAUGCCAAAGAUCGUCUGCAAAGACACAUUAACGAAGUAGAAGCUGUCGGUGAAUUUCGGAUGUAAGGAAUGCUCUUCUAUGUCUUGGAAGACGUUAGUCCACGUUUCUACCAACUUUCGUACUCUAUAUUCUCGGCAUACCAAAUUUGCUAUAAUACGAAGUGCAAUUUUCGUUGGUUAGAAAACACAUAUUUAAAUGGACAUACGUGCAUUAUUAUUUACGCAACAAUAAAAGUAAAGGGCACAUCGGCUA